AUGGAUGAUACUAUGGAAUUUACCAAUAGCUGGGCAGAUUUUGCUCGCUCGGACUCUACCGAAGUUGCGACAGAGCCAGAGGAUCAGAAUCAGCUUGGUGGCCGCGCGAGCGCUGCAGAAGUAAUCCACAUUGAGGACGACCGGACACCAGGCCGGAGGGGAUCUCCCGAACAUGACGGGAGUCGUCCUGUUACAUCGUCUCGUCCGCAACUUCGAGGGACACGCAAGCGAGAUUUUCAGCUACCAAGAAUACGAAACUAUGAUGCGCAAUGCCACACAAGAACCUCUGCCAAAGCGACAGAAACGUGUGACUCGGAGAGUUGCUGA